AUGUCAUCUCCCGCAAGUGCGAUCAAACGCCCCAAAGAGACAAACGGUUGUCUCAUUUGCAGGCUACGUAAAAAGAAAUGUAACCGAAUCAGCGAGGGCGAUCGCAGCUGCGAAGACUGUUCCCGGCUCCUGCUCCACUGCAUUCCCCAGCACGGCGUCCUGCACCUCGAUACGGCGGAACUGGCCAACAUGGCGGAAUGGUGCAAGAUAGAAAUCAAGAGUGCCAUAGAUGCCCGACGAACCCGAUGCGAGAUGGUUCCGCUCCCCCGUACCUUGGAACUGGCGAACACGUUACGAAAUGCUGAGAUCACGACCGAUCCCGCUGUCCAGAACGCAUGA